GCGGGUGUGGCGUCGGGUCGGUAGCCCCGCAGCCCCGCACACGCGUGGCUUGUGUCGCAAGCCGGCGAGAGAACGCGGGUCCCGGAAGCCCCGGCGCCCUGCCCUCUUCCAGCGGGCGCCCCUGGCGCGUGUGGCCCGGUGCUGGCCAUGGAGCCGCAGCAGAGGUCCCCCUUGUUGGAAGUGAGGGGGAACAUAGAGCUGAAGAAACCCCUGGUCAAGGCUCCUUCUCGGCUGCCUCUCCCUGGAACUAGGUUUAAGAGGGGGCCUGACCAGAUGGAGGAUGCCUUAGAGCCUGAGAAGAAAAGGACACGAGGACUGGAUACAGUGACUAAAAUUGCCACAUCCCAAUCCAGAGCACCAGCCCUCACCGCAAGAACACAGACACAAAACCAGAUCACAGCUCCAAAAGUUCCCAAGAAGACAGGACCCCGAUGUUCCACAGCGAUUGCCACGGUGCUGAAGAAUCAGAAAUCGGGCCCUGCUGUUCCUGCCCAGAAGCCUGGAGCAGCUGCCCCUCCGAUGGUGGGAGGGAGGAAACCCACCAAGCGUCCGGCCUGGGACUUAAAGGGUCAGUUGUGUGACCUAAAUGCAGAGCUGAAAUGCUGCCGUGAGAGGACUCAGACACUGGCCCAGGAGAACCAACAGCUGCAGGACCAACUCAGGGAGGCCCAACAACAGGCCAAGGCCCAGGGGGCAGAGUGUAGGACACUGGAAGGGGAGUUGGCCAGGGUGCAGGCCCAGGCUGAGCAGGGCCAGCAGGAGUUGGGGAGCCUCAGGGCCCGUGUACUGGAAUUGGAAGAGCAGCAGUGCACACAGGAGGGCUUGUUGCGAGAGCUCCAGAAAGAACAGUUAGGAUUGCAGGAGGAGCGAAGGGGACUGGCUGCCCGGCUGGAGGAGCAGGAGAGGCGGCUGCAGGCAUCAGAAGCAGCUCUGUCAGGCAGCCAGGCAGAGGUGGCAUCUCUGCGCGAGGAGGCCACAGGCCAGGCGGCCCUCCUGGUGGAGCAAGGAGAACGUCUCCACGGGCUAGAGAUGGAGCGCCGGCGACUACACAACCAGCUACAGGAACUCAAAGGCAACAUCCGCGUAUUCUGCCGAGUCCGCCCUGUCCUUCCAGGGGAGCCCACUCCACCCCCUGGCUUCCUCCUGUUUCCCUUUGGCCCUGGCGGGCCCGCUGAUCCGCCCACACGUCUCAGCGUUUCCCGGUGUGAUGAGCGCCGUGGGACCCUGAGUGGGGCGCCAGCCCCCGCCACCCGCCAUGACUUCUCCUUUGACCGGGUAUUCCCCCCAGGGAGCAGGCAGGAUGAAGUGUUUGAGGAGAUUGCCAUGCUUGUCCAGUCAGCCCUGGACGGCUACCCAGUAUGCAUCUUUGCCUAUGGCCAGACAGGCAGUGGCAAGACCUUCACAAUGGAGGGUGGGCCUGGGAGAGACCCUCAGGUGGAGGGCCUGAUCCCUCGGGCCCUGCGGCACCUCUUCUCCGUGGCCCAGGAGCUGGGCGGCCAGGGCUGGACCUACAGCUUUGUGGCAAGCUACGUGGAGAUCUAUAAUGAGACUGUCCGAGACCUGCUGGCCACUGGGACCCGGAAGGGCCAGGGCGGGGAGUGUGAGAUCCGCCGGGCAGGGCCUGGGAGUGAGGAGCUUACUGUCACCAAUGCCCGAUACGUUCCUGUCUCCUGUGAGAAGGAGGUGGAGGCCCUGCUCCAUCUGGCCCACCAGAACCGGGCAGUGGCCCGCACGUCCCAGAAUGAGCGAUCAUCACGUAGUCACAGCGUGUUCCAGCUGCAGAUCUCUGGGGAGCACACUGGACGAGGCCUGCAGUGUGGGGCCUCCCUCAACCUUGUGGACCUGGCUGGUAGUGAGCGGCUAGACCCCAGCUUAGCCCUUGGCCCUGGGGAGCGGGAACGCCUUCGGGAAACACAAGCCAUUAACAGCAGCUUGUCCACCCUGGGGCUGGUCAUCAUGGCCUUGAGCAACAAGGAGUCCCAUAUUCCUUACCGGAACAGCAAACUCACCUACCUGCUGCAGAACUCUCUGGGUGGCAGCGCUAAGAUGCUGAUGUUCGUGAACAUUUCUCCCCUCGAAGAGAACGUCUCUGAGUCCCUCAACUCCCUACGCUUUGCCUCCAAGGUGCAGUUACCACCAGGCCCAGGCCCUGUCAGGAUUCCUGGAUGCUUGUAGGCUUCUCCAUUCUGACCCUUUAGGGAUCCAUUCAGUCCUUUAGGCCAAGGGCACAUUCAUCUGGAAAGGAUUCACAUUUGCCGGGCAUCUGGGACAUUACCUCUCUGAAUCCAUUUUUAGCUAUUGGCUUUUGGGGUUUUUAUUUUUUAAAAAUAGGUAGUUAAGAGGUCAAAACUGUAUAAAAGCUAUGCACAACAUGGAAGUUUUCCUACCUCCCAUGUGUACCCCAUUCUCCCUACCUGUCCUGGUAGAGGCAGUCAUUUUUGUCAUUUAUCAUUUUACUUAUCCUUUCAGUGUUUCUUCUUGCAAAUAGAAGCAACAUGCAUCUUAUUCCCUUCCCUCUUCUAUAGAAGACAUCUCUUUUUUCAUAUAUGUAUAUUGUUCUGUACUUUGUUUUGCUAAACAGACAUUCCUGGGAUUACUCUCCCACCAGCACACAGAGAUUACCCCAUUAUUUUGAUGUCUGCCUAGGACUCUGCUGUGUGGCUGCACCAAAGUUUAUCCACCAGUUCCCUCUACUGGACACUUGGGUUGUUUCCACUCUUUUCUCUAUUACAAACAAGGCCACGUUGACUAGCCUUAUACAUAGAUGUCAUUUUGUAUUUGUUCAGUUAUAGCUAUCUAGGGAGAUUCCUGGAAAUGGGAUUGUUGACCUAAUGAUUUCACUUAGUGAUUUUUGGAACAAUGAUCAUACCUAGAUUUGUUAUUUCAUCAAGGAGUUUAAUUUUCUCAGUAACUUUACAUUUAUUAGUCUUGUCUCUUCUACAAAGAAUUUUUCCCUUACGAUUUAUUUGGUUACUCUGAAACCUAGUCUAUAUAGCAGCAAAGGCAGGGUAAAUGUAGGAUUUUUUUAUUUUUUUAAGAUUUUAUUUAUUCAUGAGAGACAGAGACAAGCAGAAGGAGAAGCAGGCCUCAUGCAGGGAGGCUUGAUCCCAGGUCUCACAUCACAUCCUGGGCCAAAGGCAGGCGCUAAACCGCUGAGCCACCCAGUAAUGCCUGUAGGAUUCUUUAUCGAUUUUCACUAUUAGAAGUUGAUGUCUUGGCAACUUCCAAAGGUGACCAAGUGAGUUUUGGUUUGGGAGGUGUCAUUUUGCAGAUGCUUAUGGAUUUGAUAUAUAUCCUUUAUAGUCAUUAUUUCUUCUGAUGUUCAGAUUGCCCCAUCAUUGGCCAAUGGGAACUCCUUUAAGUUGCCUCCUGUGUCCUUUAGACAGAACCCAGUAGUCUUUAUUCUAGACUCAUCUUGUACCUAUCCUGUGUAGACUUGGGAUCAUUUAUUUUCCAAGGAGCCUUUGUUCUUAAAUGAGUGUUGUUCUAUCUAACUUAUUAACCAGUAAAUGGUAGGAAGGCUUGGGGUGUCCGGGCCAUGGUAUUACUGGAAAUGGAGGCUCCAUCUAUCUCUGCUCCUGUGUGUGGCUUCUAUCCCUUCUCAGGCCUCUUCACUUCCUCCAGUCCUGGUGUGGUUAGUGGGCAUAGACCUAACCUUAACUGAGACCAGGCUGAAUCUGCCUUCAGAGCCUUUGUUUCAGUAUUUUCUGAGGGCAGCCCCAAUAUUGGGGGUGGGAGGUGAUCUUGGAGAAAACUGUUAUUUUUGGUUACUCAGAAAACAUUUUUAUUCUGUCUAAAACCUCUGC